GAGAGGAGAGGAGACGGGCGAAACCAACAACAGACACAUUCAUCCCUAAACUGGGAUAUCAUUACAUUAUUUUAAGAUGAAAUCCAAUCACUUGGAUUAUCAUGGACGUCUCCGUUUCCCACAAGAUUUAAGUGAAUUGGCAAAACAGAUCGGUUCAGUUACAAAUCCCGCUAAUUCCAGAUUGGUUUAACCGAGGCUCAUUCGUUUGACAUGACUGGAUCCCGCUCCUCUCGCGCCCAUUCACACUACGGGAAAUAGCCUACGACACACUGAACAACCGCGUUGAAAAUAUUCUGUAGUGAUGCGAUUGAGGUCCAGUGAUUAGGCUCCGUAAAGAAAUGCUGAAAUACAACCAACAAUGAGGAUUCCGUCUCAGUUCUGUCUCCUUUAGACCGUUUUUACACUCCCUUUUUGGCCAUGAUUUUCCUGCGCAGCCUGCUACAGCUGACGGUGCUCCUGGUCCAGGGCAGUUGGCGGGGGGUAGCGCCGAGUCCCACGGAUGAAGGCGCACUGCGGGCGAGCCACGGAGACCACGGAGAGCCGGGCCACAAGGAGCCCCAUAAGGACUCAUACAGUACGUUCGCCUCGGAGUUCCUGGAGUCUAGACAUCUAUCGGAUGAGGGCUACCCCUUCCCCACCGCCCCUCCUGUGGAUCCCUUCGCCAGGAUCAAAGUCGUAGACUGUGGAGUCACCAAGGGCUGCAUAAGGUAUGGGAAGCCGGGGUGUGAUGCAGAGACGUGUGACUAUUUCAUGAGUUACCGGCGGAUCGGGACAGACGUGGAGUAUGAGAUGAGUGCUGACACUGACGGCUGGGUGGCUGUAGGCUUCUCCUCAGACAAGAAGAUGGGAGGAGAUGACGUGAUGGGCUGUGUCCAUGACGAUAAUGGGCGUGUUCGUAUCCAUCACUUCUACAACGUGGGCCAGUGGGCUAAGGAGAUCAAGAGGAAUCCUGCCAGGGACGAAGAGGGUGUGUUUGACAACAACCGUGUGACCUGUCGCUUCAAACGGCCGCUCUACGUCCCGAGAGAGGAGACACUGGUGGAUCUGCAUCUCUCCUGGUUCUACCUGUUGGCCUGGGGGCCUGCUAUACAAGGUUCCAUCACACGUCAUGACAACGAUGCUCCGCCAGUCUCUGAUCACAUGAUCAGCAUCUAUAAAUAUGAGGACAUCUUCAUGCCGUCUACUGCCUACCAGACGUUCUCCUCACCCUUCUGUCUGCUGCUCAUAGUAGCCCUCACCUUCUAUCUGCUGAUGGGCACCCCCUGAGAGAGAGGAGACGAGAGGAGAUGAGAUUAGAGGAGACGAGAUGAGAGAAGAUGAGAGAGGAGACAAAAGGAGAGAAGAGACAACCCAUUAACCCAGAGAGAGGAGAGAAGAGAGGAGACGAGAUGACAGAGGAGGAGAGAAGAGACGAGGAGAGACGAGAUGAGGGGAGACAAGUGGAGAGAUGAGAGGAGACGAGGAGAGAAGUGGAGAGAUGAGAGGAGACGAGGAGAGAAGUAGAGAGAAGAGGAAAGAGACAGCAAUAAGACUGAGAGUUCAUUGUAUUUCUGUCUGCCACACCCUCAAUGCAGGGUGCUCUUUACACAGAAUUACACUAUAAAUAUAUAUGAAUAAAUAUAUACAGUAGGAUACUAUAUAUAAUUUACAUUGAGGACUCAUCAGGAAGCUUGCAAAUCAUUCUGAAAAUUGUACUGUGCUACCAUAACAACAUACACUAACCCAUUAGUCAGAAUAUCUGAAAUACUGUGUGUUUCUAGAGAACAGUAGCAUAACCUUUAGUUUUGGCAAGGUAUUUCAUUUAGUGUAUUUAUGUUUACGACAGUAAGGUAUCACACUCCUGACAACAAGUAUUACUCCAACGCAUGUGGUGAAUCACAACUGGACCCUGAAUAUGUGAAGAACCUACAGACACGAUACAAGGAGACAUUACACACUGGGACAGACUACUGAGCCUGGAGAGAGACUUCACUUAGAGAGAACCGUCCAGAUUGAUGUGAGCCAAAGAAAGGCAGACGGGUCAUAGUUUAUUAUCCUGCUGAAACAUACUGCUUCUGUAUGCAGCCAUGCUUUACACAACACUCAUUCUCCACAGGGAAAUACAGUAUUAUUAGUAGUAGUAUUAUAGUAUUUGUAUACAGAAACUAAGACUAGGUGGUUGAACAGAUGUUUUUUUGUUUGUUUCAGCCCAGUCUCACUGAGUAACACUGAACUCUCUACUGUAUUCCACAAUGCCAUUUUACAUGCUGAUGAUUAAGACAGGGUUCUCUUUUCUCUAUGUGUGAGAGGGUCCAUUUUCUUAGGACUGAUUUAUUCCACCACGUGCUUGGUCAUGUUUCCUUUGUCUGUGGCGAGGUGUGUGUGUGUGUGUGAUCACUGUUUGCUGAUGAUAGGGCAACUGACUGUAUGAUUGAUGGUGCAUGAUUCCUUUGUAGAUAUGCAAUAACACACCGAUCAGCACUGAGGCUGUAGUGGACAUGAUGACAGCCAGGGACAUGGGCUCUGUCUGACAGCUUGCCUUGGCCCUGCAGCAUAUGGCCUAACGCUGAAGGAAUCUAUGGCACAGAGUCCAGUUGUAUUUGUACCGUUCACUGAACCGUUGUGUUCCAUGGAAAUGCUUCCUCACUGAAACAGUGUUUAGUGUCUAACAUGCAAGUGUUUUUGUUAUCAAUAAAGCUGUGUUCAGUACACUCCAA